UCUUUUUAAAAUGUGGAACUUUUUAAAAUACUUUUUCGUAUAAUUGAACUAUGGAAUUUUAUCUCACGGUAGCUCAUUAAUCAUUUCAUACACAGAAGAAAUCCCCGAAUUAUAACCUUACAUGAGUUGUCCAAGUGGCUACUAUUACGCGAUUGGUUAAAAAUGCGUUCUUGAACUUGAUGAGCUAAUUUUUAUAUUCUAACAUAUUUUCAAUCAAUAAUAAUAACAUAUUUUCUGCGAUCAUAUGUUCUGUACGCAACUCCGAAAGUCCGAAAAGAAUAGAAAUUUAAACAGCAACAAAACUUUGAUGCUUUGUAUUAAAAAAUAUUUAAUUAUUGCCAUUAAUUUUUGUUCAUAUUAAUUUAAAAAUCAAUUAAAAUAAACGUGUUUACCAAUUAAGUUUUUCAUCGAAAAAUGAAUUUCUUACGAAAUAUUUUGAGUGUUGAGCCUCCUCCGACAAAAGUCAUUGAAGUCACCCCAGAUCAAUACACAUCUCGCACAACUUAUUUACGUGGUGAUGGAAUUAUCUUGUAUCAACCAGCUAAUGAUGGGAAGAAACAGAAAGGAAAAUAUGAGAUUGUUUUACAUCGACCGUGCACCGAAUCUUUACAUCAAGCUUUUAGUUUAUAUCGUUCGGAUAGACAAGAUGAGGCAGAACAACGUUUUAUGACCUAUCGUGACAAAGUACCGGCGUUAAUUGAGAUUUCCAAGGAGAUGUGUACUUUAAAAGGACUUCAAAGUAUAUGCGAUAUACUGAACGAACAUAAUACUUGGAGUUUAGCACAUUUAGCGGCACAUUUUUCAUUAUACGAUGCAUUCGUUCAUCCAACAGUGAAUAGUUUUUUAAACAGUUCAGAUCCACAAACUGGAAUGUCACCAUUACAAGUUGCUGUUCAAACAAAUAAUAUUAAAUUAGUUCAAUUAUUAGUCGCAUCAAAAUGUUCUUUGGAGCAUUUAGACCACAAUGGAAACUCUGUAUUUCAUUAUGCUGCAACCACAACUAAAGAAAUUAUAUCGGCUCUUAGCCAAGAUGCACCAAGGUGUUUAAAUUUGCGUAAUAAAAAUGGACAUACACCACUACAUAUGGCUUGUUUAGCAAAUAAACCAGAUUGUGUGAAAGCUUUAUUAUUAGCUGGCGCUGAUGUAAAUAUAUCUGCUUCACAUAUGCCAAAUUUAAGUGAACGAGAAGUGGAAAAUGCCCCUGGUUAUGUUUGCAAUUUCAUUCAAGAUUCACCAAAUAAAUUAUACAUUCAAGACAUGAAAUUUGGUGGAACCCCAUUGCAUUGGUCGUGUUCACGUGAAGUAAUCGAAACAUUAGUUGAUAUGGGUUGUAAUAUAAAUGCACUGAACUUUGAAGGACGUACAGCGUUACAUGUAAUGGUCAUGCGUAAUCGUUUAGAAUGUGUUGUUGCUUUAUUGAGUCGUGAUGCAGAUCCAAAUAUUCCUGACUACGAAGGCAACACAGCUCUACAUCUUGCCAUUAAAGAAAAUAAUAUUCCCAUUGUACAAUCAUUAAUUGUCUUUGGAGCAAAUUUAGAGUAUAAAAAUAAUGCCGGUGCAAGUCCUCGUCAUUUAGUCAGUGUGAAUGCACAAGCACAUGGUUCAAAUGCGCAAGGUGAUAAGAUUUUAUACUUGUUACAUGCUGUUGGUGCUGAACGCUGUUCAGAAGAUGUAACUGGAUGCACAAAGGGGUGUAAAUUUGGAGAAAGCUAUCAUGGUAUACCCCCACCAACUCCUAACACACAAGAAUCUCGCGAAAUUUUAGAUCAAAUGCUAGAUACAGCUGGUAUGGAAGUUGCGGCACAAAAGGAAGAAAAAAAAGUUAAAGGUGGACGAUUAUUGUGCUUAGAUGGUGGUGGAAUUCGUGGAUUAAUUCUAGUUCAAAUACUAUUAGAAAUGGAAAAUAUUGUGCAAAAACCGAUACAACAUUGUUUUGAUUGGAUUGCGGGUACGAGUACAGGCGGUAUUUUAGCAUUAGCUUUAUCAACUGGGAAAACUUUAAAAGAAUGUCUAUGUUUAUAUUUUCGUAUGAAAGAGUAUGCAUUUGUUGGAUCUAGACCGUAUCCAAGUGAACAAUUGGAGAGUAUAUUAAAGGAAGCAUUAGGUACCGAAACUGUUAUGGCCGAUAUUAAACAUCCAAAACUAAUGAUUACGGGUGUGUUGGCUGAUCGAAAACCUGUUUCUUUACAUUUAUUUAGAAAUUAUACUAGUCCUAGUAUAUUAAUGGAUAUUACACCAACUGGUCCAUUUCAAACGCCCCCAUUACCCGAAAAUCAAUAUCUAUGGCAAGCGGCUAGAGCUACAGGUGCAGCACCUUCAUAUUUCCGAGCAUUUGGUCGAUUUUUGGAUGGCGGUUUAAUUGCAAAUAAUCCAACGUUGGAUGCAUUAACCGAAAUUCAUGAAUAUAACCUAGCAUUGAAAGCAACAGGUCACGUAGAGGAAGUAAAACCAGUUACAGUGGUGGUAUCAUUGGGUACUGGUAUGAUACCAGUUACAAAUUAUAAAGAAAUAGAUCUAUUUAGACCAGAUAGUAUUUGGGAUACAGCUAAAUUUGCUAUUGGUAUUUCGGCAAUUGGAUCGUUGCUUGUUGAUCAAGCAACAAGCAGUGAUGGACGUGUGGUAGAUCGUGCUAGAGGGUGGUGUUCUAUGAUUGGUGUCCCAUAUUAUCGAUAUUCACCACAAUUAUCUGAAGAUGUCAAUAUGGAUGAAAAAUCGGAUGAAAAAUUAGUAAAUAUGUUAUGGGAGGCUAAAGCUUUUAUGCAUACAAAUAAACGAUCUGUAAAAGAAAUGAUUGCAAUUAUUACUGCCGAUUAAAAUAAUAAAAUUGAUUAAAAAUCUUUUUUUUUUUCAUUAAAACUCAAGACAAAUUUAAUACUAUUGAGAUUAUCAUUAGCGAAUAGCGAAUAUUUGGAAGGUACAAUUUGAUAUAUUUA